AUGGCGCCCCCGCCAGCUAUUCUCCCGAGUCUUCCAAUCCCCGGGGGUGCUGAGCCGCGAUGGAAGGUUGCUGUGAUGCCCAGCCCACACGGCUGUCCCGAGUUCUUCACACCAGAGAGUUACACAGAGCUCUUCACGGCGCUCUGGACCGUCCACUACAACAGCAAUCGGUCGGGGGUCGGUCUCAAAGGGCCUGCGCCAGAAUGGGCGCGCGCAGACGGUGGCUCUGCUGGUCUGCAUCCAUCCAAAAUACAUGACAGCCCAUACGCGAUAGGCAGCUCAGAACGCCUGAACGAAGCCAUCAAUGAACUUGGAGAGCUUCCCGUGGAUCCAUCCCCUGAGCCAUCUGGUGCUUCGGCCCAAGAUUAUCUUACCUCAGAGGUGGUCCCCCUCGUUGAUGGAGAAGACGGGGUCGUCUGUCGGCCAUUUGGCGACCGGGCGCUCUUGCUGGAGUUUGGACAGCAUGAUGGAUUCAACCUAAGACAAACGUUCCGGAUCAUGAGCCUCGUCCAGAAGCACGAGUUGUCGCCGAUACCAAACGUCGAAGAGCUGGUCCCUGGAGUCCGUACCUUACUCGUCAUGUAUAGGACGACCAAGGCAGCCGCCAGGGACGCCGUCGAAGAGCUGAGGACACGGGUAGCCGCACUAGAGCAAAACCUGCCGAUCGCCUUUCCAUCCCGCCGAGUCAGACUGCCAUUUGUGUUUGAUGAUAGUGUCAGCCAAGCUGCAGUCGACCGCUACAUAGCCACCAUCCGCAGUUCGGCCCCAUACCUCCCCCAUAACGUGGAAUUCCUGCGGCAGUUGAACUUUCCCGGCGGGGGGAUCGGGGCCAUCCAGGAGGUAUUAGAAAGCGGCGACUUCUUGGUGCUCGGGCUGGGGGAUGUCUUCAUGGGCUCACCCUGCUCGGUGCCCCUGGACCCGCGGCAUCGACUUUUCGGCACAAAGUACAACCCGUCGCGGUCGUACACUCCUCGAAACUCGGUCGGCAUCCGUGGACAGUACACAUGCAUCUACGCAACGGACUCGCCCGGGGGAUACCAGCUUGUGGGCAGGACCGCGCCCAUCUGGGACGCAGAUCGAGGUCAGUGUAGUAGUCCUGGGAGCAGUGGCAGUGGCCCUGCAUGUGGCGAAGCAGCCUGGAGAUUCUACUUCUCAUCAUUCACGAGCGCCGUGAGAUCCCGAGUGCCUCCCUGCGAAACGACAGAGAAUGGCGGCCGCCGCCUCGUCACAAGCCGCGUCCGACUUCGAUGGCCCGUGUGA